CCAUGAGGAGAAUUCACACUGGAGCCAAGGGUAGAAAAUAGAUAUGAAGCACUGGUAGCGCCCUGCAAGGGCAUUCAUUUUAACCCCUACCCAUGUGCACUACGUUCAGGCCCUACCAAAGCCCGGUUCCUUCAGCCAAAUGUAAGGCCCAGACCUGCCCCAAAUCAGAAAUGACUUUGUCAGUAUAUCCAUUAGCUACUCUGUCACUCAAUCCCUGCAUGCACUCUGCUCUUGACAGCUGUGAGUAAUCAUAGUAAGGUCUGCUUGGGCUCCUCAAUGAAGAGACAUGAGAGCUGUUAGCUACUUUUCAUCACUAAACUCCCAACUCAAGGAACAUUAAUUUCUGUGAAACAAUGUCUUAUAUAUUUGAUGCGGUUGAAGCACUUCUGUCACCAUGUUAUGAUCUUAGUCAGAUAUUGCUGUACUUCACAGAGGAGCACAAGCAAAGGGCACAGCUUCAAAAUGUGAUACCCGAGCCCUGUCUGUACCCUAGUUAUUGAUGGAAAAAACAUGCCCUAACCCAAUAUGUUGGGUGGGGCCCGUCGGGUAGCAGAGCUCUUACUGCUGAACUACAAGCAGUUAGCCACACGCACAUUAACAUCUGCAGCUGGUUCUGAGAUUUCUCUGAAACAAUUGAAGGUGUAACAUUUCAGUGCACCUUUGAGAAGGGAGCUAUGAAGGUCUUGUGAUGUUUAGCUCAGCAUUUUUAUUCAGCUAACACUUUCACACCCAAUCUUGCAUGAAGUCCUGCUUGUUAAGAGUCCUAUAGAUCAGACCUGGUUGUAUCCAUAAAAUAUGGUAAAUCUGGUUAAGUAAUGUCUCGGAAGCAGUGGAAUCUAGUCUUCUAAUACAACCCAAAAAGAUACUCUAAGACCACAUUUGUUUUGUAGAAUAUUUCAAUAUCUCACUGGAGUCCAGUGAUCUGUGCCACACAGUGGGCAUUUUAGACAAGCGUCUAGACUGUAACUAUGGGAUAGCACUGUACUUGGCCCAAGCACAUGCAUCAGUGUGUUUGUCGUACUUCAGCCUGUCAUGCUGGCAUCCUUGCCAACAUCCAGCAAUGAUCCAGGCUGCUCCUUAUCCUGUUUCUGACAACAGGAUCUAGAACAAAAACAAUGGAGACUUUUUAGAGAAUUCUUUACAUUGCAACUUCCAUCUGAUAUGCUACCGACAGUGAUUUUAUUAUGAGGCUCACAGACGAUGGAUGGCUGGAUCCUCUUUAGGAUCUUUGAAUAUCAAGAAGAACAUGUUCAUAAAAUUGUCAUGUCCGGCAAUCAAAACAAACUACUCGAUCAACAUGAAUGCAAUUUGAAUUUAACCAAUUUAGCCAAUGGUUUAAAGCCCAUCUGAAGAGACCAAAACCAUAUUCUUUCCAAUCAAGAUUCAUCUUGAUUAAAUGGCAAUUAAUUGAAGAUUUAACACAGCUUUGAAGCUUUCUGCUGAAUGUAUUAGAUUAAACCAAACCAGUUCUUCUACACAGAAAUUACUUUAAUGUAUUGUCUGCAUAUGACAGCUGUAUUUUGGGCCUCAUACCCUCAACCGCAUACGGUAUUGUUAGAAUUACAAAAAUUGACAAUCACGUUUAGAUUCUGUAAUUCUGAAAUGCUAUGUUUUGGGUAGCAUGAAUAAAUAGCCAGUGUCGUCUACCGCCAGCCACCUGGGGUGAAAGUUUCCAUUGCGUUCUGGCAGGCAGGCUGUGCCAUCUCUGCAGCCUUUAGCUCCCAUCCAUCUGUUCAUGUAAAAUAAAUUGAUCCAAAGCACACACAAUAAUAUACAUUAUAUUUACGUUAUCAUACUUGGAAUGAAUUGCGUUGGUUUGCAUCUUCAGUUUUUUGUUUUCAUGUACUUUUGAUGUCACGUGUGUGUUGCAAGAGAGACAGACACUGAUGGGUUCAUAAAUAUGCACAGGUUUAUGCAAAUUCAUUAUCUUUUAUCUUUCCUAGCAUCCCCCUGUUCUCCAUCUGGUAUUUUAAGGCUGAUUCAGACACAACUGAGAAUGUUGGAACUGCUCCAGUUAGGGUGGGGAUUGUGGAGACAUGAGGACAGAGCUAGAAGAAACACUGUGAGGUAAACAGAGAGCAAUAGAAAGGAGAAAGAUCAUUCUGUUUUUCCUUCCAGUGACUAGAGAAUGAACAUGGCAGGCAGAGUGAUAUGUGGAAAGGGACGCACGGCCAACCCAAAGCUCUUCACCCCGGCCUUCUCUCAGACAGAUUCCAUCAGGAAAGGAGGAGGGAAGAGGAGGAUGUUCUCCUUUUCACUACGGUGUCGACUCGGCAUCAUCAGAGGGAGGACCAAAGAUGACGGGCCCUACUCUAAGGGCAACAAGGACUCUGGAGGGACCGACCAUGCCUCCAGGAGACGCAGUAUUGCAGAAGACUACCGGGGUGUGACCACCGUGGACCUAAUAAAGAGGGAGGGCAGCAGCUUGGGCCUCACCAUCUCCGGGGGGUCCGAUAAGGACGGCAAGCCCAGAGUGUCCAACCUACGGCCAGGUGGGCUAGCUGCCAGGAGUGACCAGCUGAAUGUGGGAGACUACAUCAAGUCUGUGAACGGCAUCAACCUGUCCAAGCUCCGCCACGAAGAGAUCAUCAGCCUGCUGAAGAACAUAGGGGAACGUGUGGUGCUGGAAGUGGAGUACGAAUUACCUCCCUUUGUCCAGAAUGCUCCCGUAGGUGUCAUAUCUAAGACCAUAGAGGUGUGCCUAUACAAAGAGGGUAACAGCUUUGGAUUCGUCAUGAGAGGAGGGUUCCAUGAAGACUGGCACAGGUCUCGUCCUCUGGUAGUGACCUACGUACGGCCCGGGGGUCCUGCUGAUAGAGAGGGCACACUGAAGGCUGGUGACCGCGUGCUGAGCGUGGAUGGGAUGCCCUUAAACCGAGAGAAGCACGCUGACACCCUCACUAUGCUGAUGCAGUGUAGCCAGGAAGCCCUGUUCCUGAUUGAGUAUGACGUCUCCGUCAUGGAGUCUGUGCAGCAGGCCUCUGGCCCCCUGCUGGUGGAGAUAGUGAAGUGUCCUGCAGCCAGCCUGGGUGUCAGCCUGGCUACUGCAGUGUACAGGAACAAGCAGGUCAUCGUCAUUGACAAAAUCAAACAGGCCAGUGUGGUGGAGAGGUGUGGGGCAUUGCAUAUAGGUGAUCUUCUCCUGUGUAUAGAUGGGACCAGUACUGAGCACUGUUCCCUGAUGGAGGCCACGCAGCUGUUGGCCCAAACCUCUGACAUUGUUAAAUUGGAGAUCCUGACAGCCAAUCAGAGCAGACUUCCCAUGAGACCUCAAGACACAGUGAAAGUGGAGAAGAGCAACCUUCACCAUUGGGACCCCACUGUUAACUACAGCCACACCCAACACUGCAAGACAUGGAGCAGUCCCAGCCACCCACUCAACCAGCAGGACCACUGCACAUCUCUGGUGUGUGGUGGCUUCUCCCCUUCCUCCACAGCCACCUCAGGGUACAGCAGUAGCCAGGGCAGCAGCACCCUACCCUGCCCCAUCCCAUCCACCAGCCCCCGUAGCACCACACAUAAGAGACGCCAGAGGAGGAAGGAGCACAAGAGCUCAUUGUCCCUAGCAUCCAGCUCAGUGGGCCCUGGGGGUCAGGUUGUUCAUGUGGAGACCAGCGAGGUCAUCGUGAGGGGGGAUCCACUCACAGGGUUCGGGGUUCAGCUGCAAGGGGGUGUCUUUGCCACAGAGACCCUGACCGUUCCCGCAGUCAUCCGCUUCAUCGAGCCUGACAGCCCUGCCGAAAGAUGUGGGUUGCUGCAGGUGGGGGACAGACUCCUGUCCAUCAACAGAAUCCCUACAGAGGAUGGAACACUGGAGGAGGCCAAUCAGCUACUGCGUGACGCUGCUCUGGCCAAUAAGGUCACCCUGGAGAUUGAGUUUGAUGUAGCAGAAUCAGUGGUUCCCAGUAGUGGCACGUUCCAUGUAAAACUGCCCAAGAGGAGAGGAGUGGAACUUGGCAUCACCAUCAGUGCAAGCAAGAGACCUGACAAACCUCUGAUCAUCUCUAAUAUCAGGAAAGGAAGCAUAGCCCACAGGACAGGUACUUUGGAGCCAGGGGACAGGCUGCUGGCCAUCGAUAACGUGCGUCUGGAGAACUGCACCAUGGAGGAUGCUAUGCACGUGCUUCAGCAGGCAGAGGACAUGGUCAAGCUCCGGAUCCAGAAGGACGAAGACAACGCUGAUGAGCUGGAGAUGUCUGGUUCCAUUAUCUACACGGUGGAGCUGAAGCGUUACAACGGCCCGUUGGGUAUCACCAUCUCAGGCACAGAGGAGCCCUUUGACCCCAUCGUCAUCUCAGGCCUCACCAAGAAUGGCCUGGCUGAAAGGACUGGUGCCAUCCAUAUAGGGGACCGUGUCUUGGCCAUUAACUGUGUGAGUCUGAAGGGGAAACCACUGAGUGAGGCCAUCCAUCUGCUCCAGAUGGCCGGAGAGACUGUCACCCUCAAGAUAAAAAAACAGCAAGACGAAUCAGAUGUGCAGCAGAUGUCAGAGCAGGCAGGGUUCCUGAGCGACACAGAGGAUGAGCUGACUGACUCUCAGAAGACCAGUAAACAUUCAGGGGUGUACUCUGCCACCGUGCCCAGCAUGGACUCUGCCAUGAGCUCCUGGGACGGCUCCGGCAUCGACGCUGACUACGGCAGCCAAGGAACGUAUCUCCACAGAGCUGCAGAUUUGACUUUCCAGCCUAAUGAGUGGAGACACACCAAACCACCCAGGACCCAACCCAACUCCAUCUCCACUGGCCUUACCGGCCUUACCCACCACUCUCACCUCUACGAUGGGAGAUACACUGAGGAUGACUGGGAUACGGCUGCUGGAUACGCCAGCCCCCCUAGUUACCAUGGCACCCGGAAACAGGAGGAUAGCUUCUGGUCCCAGGCACUGCAGGACCUAGAGACCUGCGGCCAAUCAGAGAUACUCAGGGAGCUGGAGGCGUCCAUGACUGGCAGCACUCUCAGCCUGUAUCUGGAGGAAACGAGGUCCCAGGAUGACUCAGUGCUACAGAGCAGAAUCAGUCCUGUGAAGAGGGGUCCCAUUCAUGACGAGCCCAAAACCAAAAGCAACCUGCAGAGAUCAAACAGGACCAGGGACACACCACCCAGGGGGAGAGGGGAGCCCCAGGAGACCAGCUCCCCUACAACCCUGGAACUACUGAAGACUUGUGCAAAAGGCCAGCCUUCUCAAUCUGAUUGGCCUGCAGCCCUGUCAAUCACUCUUCAUACCUCUGUUCACCUCUGUUCGCUUGGACACAUUCCAGGGCUCCAGCCCCGCAUACCUUGUGUUAGAUUGUGUUCACUUGCCGUCUCAAGAAGAAACAAGUAUUUUGUAAUGACGGACUUCAACAUGCUGUUUGCCCAUCGUCAAGUGUUGUGCAUCCAUCAAACAUAACCACACAACAAUAUAAAGAACAUUAAUGGAAUCAGCUGUGUCGGUGUGUGGUUGUGACCAAAUGUUCAGUAUGGGCCUCAGCAUGGACAACACUGUAGUGAGAAGAACCUAAGCAAUCAGCAUAAGUUACUAGUGGGUGAGGGCAUUCACAGCCGAGCUCCUAUUAACCAUUUUUUUUUCAUUUUUAAUUUAGCUACCAAUAGUAAAAAAAAAAAUUAAAAAAAAUAUGAGACAGAUUCUAACCUGCUAUAGUUGAGAUACCCAAAGAGGAGUUUGUGCGUCUCACCACGAGACAACCAUCACCACUCACCUCAGCCCACCCCCGCCAUACGAAGCGGUCACGCACCUGAGCCUUCCUCACUUUCUCAUCCAAGAGACUACGGCCUGAGUCACCACCACGGGAGCACCAUUACUGCCGUUAUUCUCCUGACCGCAACCGCUCUAGGCCCCCCUGGCUAGAGCCAUCGUCAUGGCCUCAGAAGCACCACCGCUGCUGAUACUUCCAUAGUCAGCCCGGCUGCUUACCUGAGAGACUCGACUCCAGGCCUCCCCGGCCAGAGUGUUCACCACCUCAAUGGGAGCAUUGUGACUUCUACUACGUUCCAAAGGGGCCCACAAGGCAUAGCCGCUCCAGUCCCUACCCGGGUGGAGCCUACGUAUCUUUAAAAAAAAAAUUAUAUAUAUGUUUUACAUCCCUUUUUCUCCCCAAUUUUGUGGUAUCCAAUUGGUAGUUAGUCUUGUCCCAUCGCUGCAACUACUGUACGGACUUGGGAGAGGCGAAGGUCGAGAGCCGUGCGUCCUCCUAAACACAACCCAACCAAGCCGCGCUGCCCAUUUACCCACAAGCAAGCCGCACCAAUGUGUCGGAGGAAACACCGUACACCUAGUGACCGUGUCAGCGUGCACUGCACCCGGCCCACCACAGGAGUUGCUAGUGUGCAAUGGGACAAGUACAUCCCUGCCAGCCAAACCCUCCCCUAACCCGGACAAUGCUGGGACAAUUGUGCGCCGCCCCAUGGGUCUCCCGGUCGGGGCCGGCUGCGACAGAGCCUGGACUCGAACCCAGAAUCUCUAGUGGCACACCACUUAGACCACUGUGCCACUCGGGAGGCCCCGCCUAUGUCGUAUCUACCAGCGCGUCGGGAACGCCUCCUGAUCCAGAUCCCAAGCCAAGCUGUGGAUUCUAUGCCUUCUCCUAGUAUGUAACCACAGCCUGCAGCUACUGGCAAGGUUAAGUGCAGGCUUAUCCACCCCGGGUUGCCAGCACCAUGCUAAUUCCAGCCCCAAGGGUCCUGCUACCGCCAGACCUACCAGAUGUCGCUUCGGGACUCGACACACAUCACUUCCAGUGUCCCACCAGAAGUCACCCCUGGUGUCCCCCCUGACCUAGAUGUCCAGUUACCUUCCCUCCUGGUAGGGUCAGAGAUUCAGUUUCCUGCCUACCUGGAAGGUGUUAAUUGUUCAGGCUUAGAGCCUCCUACCCUGCAAGGCCCCAAGUGCUGCUGCACUCGGCUCACUGUCUCCAGACUGUCAGCUCUCGGUCCCUAGCACUGUUAUCAGACUCCCGCCAUGCUAGGUCUGUCUCCCCAGCAUAAGUCUGCCCUCAGUACCUAGCCCAGGUGGGUCAUCAGGCUUCUACCCGGUUAGGCUCAGAGUUACCAGUUCCUCUAGUAGGCCCAGAGCUCCACUGCUCUCCUAGCUAUUAGUCGUUCUCCCUGUCAGGUCCAGAGUGGGCUUUCCUUCUUAGGUCCAGAGCUACUUUACCUGUCAGGCCCAAUUUAUUGGCACUAGGCUCCCAGCCAUAAGAUGUUUUAGUUUCAAAGUCUACAGCUCUAGUCAACCCUCAGUCCACUGCUCCACCAGGCUAAAGGUUCUUUGCCACACUAGGUCUGCAGCUUCUGCCCCCAGUUAGUCCUCAGCCCCCAGUCUCAGUUGACAAGCAGUCCGAUCCCUCAGUGCUACAUGCCAAACCUCCUGCCCCGUCUUCAGGGCCCAGCCUGCCCCUGCAUCCAGAUCCCUGAUGAGCCUCGCCCAGGGGUCCUCACCUGCUCCACCAUGGGUGCCAUUGCUUUCAGCAGUGGUGAGGCAGUCACCAACCUCAGCAACAACAGCCAAUGAGCUGCUAACGACAGUUGUGGCCGGCAUGCCACAAUCCUCCGCAGCAGUAGGCAAUCCACCACCUCCAGCCAUGACCAGCCUCCGGCAUUUUACUCAGCGCCAACAAAUGGACUAGAGUUAGAGGGUCCUUUGCAACACUUGUGGUGUUCCAUGGGGCUGCCCAAAGCUGUCUCUGCGCCUCUGUGCACCUCCCUUCCCUUGCGCCCCCUAAGCCACUUAUGUAUACCAGUGCCGGCACCCUCCUGGCCCCUAUGGUCCCCUAAUUGGAUACCCUUCACUGCCCUGGUCCCUUCACUUUCCUGCCUAUCCUGCAGGAUAGGACUAGGCCCUUUCAGGACUUAACCCCCAAAGAAAUCCAGGUGCGGCUAUACAAAAGGCUGCCCCUCUCAAACUGAUUGGCCUGCAGCCCUGUCAAUCACCCAUUCACACCUCUGUUCAUCAAACCAAUCAGGGCACUUGGA